GAUGCCCCUGUAAAAAAGUGGUCAGUCCACCCACUGGACGCGAUUAGGGGGAGAAGAAACCCCCGAAAAAGAAUAGCCUCGAGGUCUGGAGCUCCCAAAUUAAAAGGUUGACAGAGCCAAGGGGGCCUCUGUAACUUGCUGUUGCUGGCAUGGCUUUCCAAGGGAAGAAGCUCAUCAACAAGCCCGAUGAUGUGGUGACAGAAUUUAUUGAAGGUUUGGUGGAAACAUAUUCUGGAUUACAGUACUUGGAUGGUUUUCCUAAGGUGAAAGUUGUUUUACGAGCUGAUGUUUCAGGUGCAACAUACAACAAAGUUGCCAUAAUAUCAGGUGGUGGAAGUGGACAUGAGCCAGCACAUGCUGGAUUUGUUGGGGAAGGAAUGCUGACAGCAGCUAUUUGUGGUGAUGUUUUUGCCUCUCCACCGGUUGAUUCGAUUCUGGCUGGAAUUCGAGCUGUAACUGGACCUAUGGGAUGUCUUCUCAUCGUGAAGAAUUAUACUGGUGAUCGUUUGAAUUUUGGUUUGGCUGCUGAGCAAGCAAAAUCGGAAGGAUAUAAAGUAGAGACUGUUAUUGUUGGAGACGAUUGUGCUUUGCCUCCACCUAGAGGUAUAGCUGGCCGUAGAGGUUUGGCCGGGACUGUACUUGUUCACAAGGUUGCUGGAGCUGCUGCUGCUGCAGGGCUUUCUCUUUCAGAUGUUGCAAUGGAAGCGAAACAUGCGGCUGAAAUGAUUGGAACAAUGGGAGUUGCAUUGUCAGUUUGCACAUUGCCUGGCCAGGUUACAUCAGAUCGUUUGGGCCCAGGGAAGAUGGAGCUUGGUCUUGGAAUUCAUGGUGAACCUGGUGCUGCUGUGGCUGACCUUCAGCCUGUUGAUGUGAUAGUAUCUCAUGUUCUUAAGCAAAUAUUAUCACCGGAAACUAACUAUGUUCCAAUAACACGAGGUAAUAGAGUGGUGCUAUUGGUUAAUGGGUUAGGUGCUACCCCAAUGAUGGAGUUAAUGAUUGCAUCUGGGAAGGCAGUUCCAAAACUGCAGCUAGAGCAUGGGUUGGCUGUUGACAGAGUGUACACUGGGUCAUUUAUGACUUCUCUUGAUAUGGCAGGUUUUUCAAUUACCAUCAUGAAAUCAGAUCAAACAGUCUUGCAACGGUUGGAUGCUGCUACCAAGGCUCCUUGUUGGCCCAUUGGUGCUGAUGGCAGUCACCCACCUGCCAAAAUACCUGUUCCAGUGCCACCACCAACUCUUGCAACAAAGAAUGGGGAGACAUUAGGUGGACCCCUUCAACUGAGUCAACAAGGCAUUAUUCUAGAGGCUGCAAUUCAGGCAGCUGCCAAUGCAGUGAUCAAUCUAAAGGAUACUUUAAAUGACUGGGAUAGUAAAGUGGGUGACGGUGAUUGUGGGUCGACGAUGUUUAGGGGUGCAACUGCUAUUCUUGAGGACAUAAAAUGCUAUCCACUGAACGAUGCUGCCGAGACAGUGAAUGAAAUUGGAUCAUCCAUUAGAAGGGUUAUGGGAGGAACUAGUGGGAUCAUAUAUACAAUAUUUUGCAAGGCAGCAUAUACAAAAUUGAAAUCAAGCAGCCAGGAUGACAUCACCCCACAGAUAUGGGCUGAAGCAUUAGAAGCUUCCAUAGCUGCAAUUAGCAAGUAUGGUGGGGCUACUGCUGGUUAUCGAACAUUACUUGAUGCCCUAAUUCCCGCGUCUGAAGUUCUUAGAAAGAGGUUAGAUGCUGGUGAAAAUCCCACCACUGCUUUUAUUCACUCAUCUGAAGCAGCAUCGAGUGGGGCUGAAGCAACAAAAAACAUGCAGGCUCUGGCUGGCCGUUCGUCAUAUGUAUUCGGGGAGGUCCUCGCAGCAGUUCCAGAUCCAGGUGCGAUGGCUGCAGCAGCAUGGUAUAGAGCUGCGGCUUUGGCUGUCAGGGACAAGUGCCAGGCUGCUUCAUGAGCAAAUACGUCAUGCUUUCAUGUACCAUCUGCAUCUGCGCCUUUUUAUCUGCAGAUUCGACUGUUGUAAUUUUUUGUUCAUAAUUUUGUUUUGAUAUUUAGAGCUUUCUGAUUAUGCAUUUUUUAACCUUUUUUUUUUUUUGAUAAAGCCGAGAAAGCAAAUUCAUUUAGGGACAGAUUAUCAUAAACCAUCAACCCCAGAAAAAGCAUGCUUGAACGUGUGGCUGAAUCGUUUUUGUGCUUUUGUCGCGUCCCUUCUCCAGAGGGUUCAGUUUUACUUUUAUGAUUAUAUGUGCUAUUGAUGGACGCUACCAGCAUUAAAAGUAUCCCCUUGUGUAGUGUA